AUGGGGAGUGACGAGGAUCCAUUCUUCGCCGCUGCGGCAAUCCUGAAAACUCUCGCCGUCGAGCCUCCGCCCAGUGACGAUGAUGCAGAGAUCCCUGUCAAACGGGUGAUAAACGGCUUUGACAAGAAGCGCGUUCAACUCCCUGGAGAAGAUACUCCGGGUAAAAAGGCAUUUACCACUGAACUAGAGUGCUUGAUACGUCGAGUGCAUGAAUUAGAGACAGAAUUACAGUACAAGAGACCCCGCAGAUCGCGAAAACUCAAGCGCAAAUACGAUGAUGAUGAUACUGCGGAUGAUGACGAUGAUGAGGAUGAUACCGAGGGAAGUGACGAAGACGACGAUGACAAUGAAGAUGAUGAUCAUGCCGCCAAUGGAGUUCUCGUCACUCGCCGUAGAACGCUGCGUGGCGGUGCUGAAACCCUUCGAUCGCUUCAGAACCAUGUCGAGAAACAGGCUCAUGAAAUCAGCGUACAAAAGGAUAUUAUCGCACGUGUACGAGAAGAACUCGACAUGCAAGAAGAACGUACACGGCGAACGCUUGUCAAAGUAGAGCACGAGGAUGUCGGAGUUUUGCAACGUGAACUGCGCAAACAUCAGCAAGCGAAUGAAGCUUUCCAAAAGGCGUUACGAGAAAUAGGCGGUAUUAUCACCCAGGUUGCCAAUGGUGAUCUUUCCAUGAAGGUGCAAAUUCACCCGUUGGAGAUGGACCCAGAAAUUGCAACCUUCAAACGCACAAUCAACACUAUGAUGGACCAACUGCAAGUGUUUGGUAGUGAGGUGUCCAGGGUGGCCCGUGAAGUCGGAACCGAAGGAAUACUAGGUGGACAAGCCCAAAUCACUGGCGUGCACGGUAUCUGGAAGGAACUGACAGAAAACGUCAACAUCAUGGCCAAGAAUCUUACUGACCAAGUGCGUGAAAUCGCAACCGUCACCACUGCUGUCGCACACGGUGAUCUUAGUCAGAAGAUCGAAAGUCGGGCCCAUGGUGAAAUCUUCGAACUACAACAGACUAUCAAUACCAUGGUGGAUCAACUCCGUACCUUUGCCACAGAAGUCACACGUGUCGCUCGUGAUGUCGGUACCGAAGGUGUUCUAGGCGGACAGGCACAGAUCGAAGGGGUGCAAGGCAUGUGGAACGAAUUGACAGUCAAUGUGAACGCCAUGGCCAACAAUUUGACCACACAAGUGCGUGAUAUUGCCAACGUCACUAAAGCCGUCGCCAAGGGUGACUUGACCCAGAAAGUGCAGGCCAACUGCAAAGGAGAAAUUGCAGAGCUUAAGAAUAUUAUCAAUUCCAUGGUGGACCAGCUCCGCCAGUUCGCUCAAGAAGUCACAAAGAUCGCCAAGGAGGUCGGAACUGAUGGCGUACUUGGUGGUCAAGCCACAGUUCACGAUGUUGAAGGUACUUGGAAAGACCUAACCGAAAACGUCAACCGAAUGGCCAACAACCUCACGACUCACGUGCGUGAGAUUGCGGAGGUUACUACCGCUGUUGCCAAGGGUGAUCUUACCAGGAAAGUCACCGCCAAUGUGCAGGGUGAGAUCUUGGAUUUGAAGAACACCAUCAAUGACAUGGUGGAUCGUUUGAAUAAGUUUGCAUUUGAAGUCAGCAAAGUCGCCAGAGAGGUCGGUACAGAUGGAACUCUUGGUGGUCAAGCAAAGGUCGAUAAUGUGGAGGGUAAAUGGAAAGACCUCACCGACAAUGUCAACACCAUGGCCCAGAAUCUUACUUCGCAGGUGCGAGGUAUUUCUGACGUUACCCAGGCUAUUGCCAAAGGUGAUCUCAGCAAGAAGAUUGAAGUUCACGCACAGGGAGAGAUCCUCACUCUGAAGGUCACGAUCAAUAACAUGGUGGACCGUUUGGCCAAAUUCGCCACAGAGUUGAAGAGGGUUGCCCGCGACGUCGGUGUCGACGGAAAGAUGGGUGGUCAGGCUAAUGUUGAGGGCAUCGCAGGUCGAUGGAAAGAAAUCACAGAGGAUGUCAAUACUAUGGCCGAGAAUCUUACAUCCCAAGUCCGAGCUUUCGGCGAAAUUACUGAUGCUGCUACUGAUGGUGACUUCACCAAACUCAUUACCGUCAAUGCCUCUGGUGAAAUGGACGAGUUGAAGCGCAAGAUCAAUAAGAUGGUUUCCAAUUUGCGUGACAGUAUUCAACGUAACACGGCCGCCAGGGAGGCUGCCGAACAGGCCAAUCGCACCAAAUCAGAGUUCUUGGCUAAUAUGUCCCACGAAAUUCGAACACCGAUGAACGGUAUCAUCGGUAUGACACAGCUCACUCUGGAUACCGACGACCUGAAACCGUAUCCCCGUGAGAUGUUGAACGUGGUCCACAACUUGGCCAACAGUCUGCUGACCAUUAUUGACGACAUUCUCGAUAUCUCCAAGAUUGAGGCUAACAGGAUGGUUAUCGAAAGUAUUCCUUUCACCGUCCGAGGAACUGUAUUUAAUGCGCUAAAGACCCUCGCGGUCAAGGCCAAUGAAAAGUUCCUCAACCUGGCAUAUCAAGUGGAUAGCUCUGUUCCCGAUUACGUUAUCGGUGAUCCAUUCCGUCUUCGUCAGAUUAUUCUCAACUUGGUCGGAAACGCUAUCAAAUUCACUGAACAUGGUGAAGUCAAAUUGACCAUCAGCAAAUCCGAAAGGGAGCAGUGUGCCAGAGACGAAUAUGCCUUUGAGUUUUCUGUUUCUGAUACUGGAAUUGGUAUUGAGGAAGACAAACUUGAUCUCAUUUUCGAUACUUUCCAACAAGCCGAUGGAUCAACAACUCGUCGGUUUGGUGGUACUGGUCUUGGUCUGUCUAUCUCCAAACGUCUUGUCAAUCUCAUGGGCGGUGAUGUUUGGGUCACUUCCGAAUACGGUCAUGGCAGUACCUUCCACUUUACUUGCGUCGUUAAACUUGCAGACCAAUCCUUGAAUGUAAUCAGCUCACAACUCAUUCCUUACAAGAACCAUCGUGUUCUCUUUAUCGACAAGGGACACACUGGUGGACAUGCCGAACAGAUCACCUUGAUGCUGCAACAACUCGACCUAGAACCUCUGGUUGUCAAGGAUGAAGAUGAAGUACCGCCACCAGAGAUUCACGAUCCGUCAGGAAAGGAGUCCGGUCAUGCUUACGACGUCAUCAUCGUGGACACGGUUGACACCGCUCGUACGUUACGAACCUACGACGAGUUCAAAUACAUACCGAUUGUCCUAUUAUGUCCAGUGGUGUCUGUGAGCUUGAAGUCUGCCCUCGAUCUCGGUAUCACCUCAUAUAUGACAACUCCAUGUCAACCGAUUGAUCUGGGUAAUGGAAUGUUGCCUGCCUUAGAAGGUCGCUCAACACCGAUCACAACAGAUCACUCGCGGUCAUUUGACAUACUGCUUGCAGAAGAUAACGAGGUCAAUCAGAAGCUGGCAGUCAAGAUCCUGGAGAAAUGCAACCACGGAGUCACAGUUGUGGGCAACGGUCAGGAAGCCUUGGAUGCCGUCAAGAACCGGCGGUUUGAUAUCAUCCUCAUGGACGUCCAAAUGCCUAUCAUGGGAGGUUUCGAAGCCACGGCCAAGAUUCGCGAGUAUGAACGUGAGAAUAAUCUAUCUCGCACUCCAAUCAUCGCCCUUACAGCACACGCUAUGUUGGGCGACAGAGAAAAGUGUAUACAGGCUCAGAUGGACGAAUAUCUAUCCAAGCCUUUGAAACAAAACCAAAUGAUCCAGACCAUUCUCAAGUGCGCGACACUUGGUGGAAAUUUUAUGGAUAAGAACAAAGAGUCACGACUUGCGGGACCUGAAGGACACCUUGCGCCUGUGUCUGCGCACCAACAGCGCCCUGGCAUGGAGGGUCGAGCAAUCACAACGUCAGGGCAGAUAUCUGCGGAAACUGAUAGCCCAGGCACUGAAGAGGGAGAAGUUGAAGUCGAUCGACAAAAGCUGUUGUUGCGAUCUCAUAGCAGCUGA